AUGUCGCCCACGGCCGCUCCCCGGGACCUCCGCGGGGUGCGGCUGGCGCUGGUCUUGGCGGCGCUGCUGUUGGCCCUGGCCGCAGGUUUGAAGCUGCGGCAGUCCGGGAGUGGCCUGGAGUUGGCGGGCGCGCUGUGCGGGGGCCUGGCAGUGUCCGGCACCUCCUCGCGCUGCCCACGUGAGUGCAAGGGCCCCAUGCUGAGUUUCGGCAUGGUGGCACACUUGGGUGCCGUGCUGGCGCUCAUGGACGGCAACGUGCUCAGCGAGGCCAUGUCUUUGCUGAGCCAAUUCGCAGAGAUGCCGCCUUUGGUGCCUUUGAGCUGCUGCGUGCUGUGCCUUGCGGUGCAUUUGCUGAGCCUGGCAUACCUGCCCGGAUACAUCUGCGCUUCAGCUCGGUCCCACGGGGGCGCGGCAGACUGGACAGACCUGGAGCGGCGCUCUCCUGUGCCGGUUUGCUGCAUCUCCGUGUCUAUCCUCUCCUUUGCCAAGUUCACGCUGCUUACAGCCCUGAUGAGCUCCCUUCUGGCAGGCCUCUACACGGCGCUGCAUCCGAAGGUGGUGGAUUUGCUCUCCUUGCCUUGGGGGCUGGCCGCCGGCCUGUUGCCUUUGCCCCUUCUGAGCUGCGGGGUGGUUUGGGCCUGGCCCCCUGGGCCCCGGGACCUGGACUUGUCGGGCCGGGCGCGCCUGGCGCGCCGGACUUUGGGCCUCGCCUUCUGCGGCGCCGCGGUGCUCUUCGGGGCUUGGCUCUCUCGGCUCGUGGACCUGCAGAGUAACUGGACCAGCUGUGAGAACAUGCUGGCGGAGUGCUCCGCCUGGGCAGGCCGAGGGGACUGCAGCGCAGAAAGCAAGUUCUUCGAGUACAUGAUGGAGAAGUGCAAGAAGGCGUGUCGCUUCUGCUCCCUGAGCCGCUUGGGCCUCACUGGGGACUUGCUGCUGGCGCUGGGCACCGCGCUGGUCAUUCAGACCACUCGCUUCGCCUACCUCUUUCAUCAGUCUACCAUGCAGUUGGUGAUCGCUGACAACAACCUGAGUGAGCCAGAGACGCCUUUUCAGGCUCUCGAGGAAGUGCCCAAGGUCCAAGUACAGCAGGUGGAAACAGAGCUGGCACAGCCCCGAGAGCAUCGGGAGACGAACAGCGAGGCCCGCGCCUCUGAGGAAUCGCAUCGGAGCCUCCUGCACAGCGAGGUUCGGAGCCGCAGCGCUUCGCCCCUGCCGCGGGUGAACCUGGACCGCUCGCCUCAGGGGCGCAGCAGUGACGAGGACAAUGCUAGCUUCUACGAGUGCGAGUCUCAAGCCGGAGAUGAGGCUUCCUGA